GUUCGUCGGCCGUCGGUCGGUAAGGGGGGCAAGCUGUCCUGCGCUUUCAUGCCCUUCUUUAUUUUUAUCCUCCGCUGGUUGGGCUUGCUUGGACGCUCCUUUCGCUUGGUCGGUGAAGCUCUCGUGUACAGAAUAUAUCAGGGGCAGAGACUCAGUGUCUACAUCUCCUGUGUACGUGGGAAUCGGGCUUGAGCUCAUAUAUAUCCCUCUACCUCACGACCACCACCAACACCAGCAGCAGCUUCUUUGCGGAGGAAGCGCUGGCCACAAUGACCCGCUUCUACCGCCUGUUCGCCAUCCUCGGCCUGCUGGCGCCGCUCGCACAAGCCGCCGGCGUGGCCCUUCCGCUGCACUCGUCCAGCCGCUGGAUCCUCGACGCCAACAGCCAGCGCGUUAAGUUCCGCUGCGUGAACUGGGCCGGCCACAUGGAGGCCAACAUCCCCGAGGGGCUGCAGCACCAGUCGGUCGACUACAUCGCCGACUGGAUCGCCAAGCAGGGCUUCAACUGCGUGCGUCUGACCUACAGUAUCGACCACGCGCUGAACCCCUCGCUCACCGUCUCGGCCUCCUUCGCCGCGGCCGCCGCAGCCGCCGGCGUCUCCUCCAGCGAUAUGGCCGGCCUCUACACGCAAAUCGUGGCCCACAACCCCUGGAUAACCAACACGACGACCACGCGCGACGUCUUCGGCGCCGUCAUCGACGCGCUGUUCGCGCGCGGCGUCAUGACCAUCCUCGACAACCACGUGUCCAAGGCGUCGUGGUGCUGCAACCUGACCGACGGCAACGGCUGGUGGGACACAGCCUUCGGCUAUAACUCUUUCAACAGCCGCUACUUCCACACGGCCGACUGGCUCGCGGGCUUGCAGGCCAUGGCUUCCUGGGCGGCGAGCUCCCACCCGGGCGUCGUGGCCAUGUCGCUGCGCAACGAGCUGCGCGCGUUCCUCCUGCAGGGCCUCAACGGCCGCGCCGACUGGUACAAGUACGUGCAGCAGGCGGGCGACCUCGUGCACGCGACCCACCCGGACGUGCUCGUCAUCGUCGGCGGCGUGCAGAGCGCGACCGACCUGACGCACCUGCGCGACGGCGUCGGCAUGCUCGACACGUCCGGCUGGGCCGGCAAGCACGUAUGGGAGAUGCACGCGUACAGCUUCACCGUCACGUUCCCGGACCCGUUCCAGAGCUGCGAUCUCGUGCAGGCCGAGUACGGCGCCUUCGUCGGCUUCGUGCUCGAGCAGGGCAAGCCCUACACCGGCCCGCUCAUCCUCAGCGAGUUCGGCGUCGGCAUGCAGGGCGGGCCCAACGACGGCCUGAGCGACCAGGACAGCCGCUACCUCAGCUGCCUCGUCUCGUACAUGCAGAACAACGACGCCGACUGGGCCGUCUGGGCCGUCCAGGGCAGCUACUACGUGCGCGACAGGACGGUCGACGCCGACGAGUCGUGGGGCCUGCUGACCCACGACUGGUCCGACUGGAGGAAUCCCGCCUUUCCCGGGAUGCUGGGCGACAUGUGGAAGAUGACGCAGCAGCCGUAGGAGGGCGAGCGUCUCUCGGGAACCACCACAUUGACACAUGGUGGUUUGAUGUCUGCUCUCUCUAAUCUUACUUAUUAUUAUUCAUGGUCGGUUUGGAUACCCUGGCGGGUGGGAUGGGUGACCGUAGGAAUAUAUGCCAUCUCCUUCUUCCAGUCACGCCGGAUAACAUUUCGACAACAUAAUAUCAUGUCUCUGAUAUUCUUCUAGGACACCGUGAAGCCACUCUUAAGUCGCCUGGAACCCCCCAAUCAAGGCCAGCUA